UUAUAUAAACUUCCACCUGAGAACCAUCCAGUCACAGGCCGCUUUUCGUUGUGAGCGCGCGCGUUACAUACACAAUCGCUUCAUUUGACAAACACAAGCUGAGCGCAACAGUAGCCUCCCUCCGUGACUGGAGAUCUGAGAGAGCAGCCGCCGCGUAUGACAGCAUCGCAGCGUCCAUCUGAGGCGAUACACACGUGUUAGACCGGUUUAUUUCUCUCGUACGCUAUCUGUCAAGGGCUCAUAUUGUGUGUAAAGCUGACGGUUCAGCCACAAGCCAGGAAUGACGAAGCGUCAGACGCAUCUACUCACUGACUGGGCAUCACGUUUCGAAGACGAACCUGAGCUUCGGCCGUUUGGACAACAACAGAAUAUACCCGAGACAGCCGCUGCCGUAGCUCUUUAUACCUGUGGGACACUGUUUUGCUGCUAAUUCCGUUUAUAGACACACAUUUUUAUUACGCUGUACUGACAGACGCGUUUCUCAGUGUGUCAGUCUAGUGCGCUUGAUGCUUUGCAUGCAAACCCUGAGUGAACUUACCAGGUAAACACAGUUUUACCUCGUUCUUGUAUCGAAUGUUGUUUACUUUUGCAUUAUGUAGCUCCUGGCGCAUUUGGAACUGGCGUUUUUACGAGCGAAAACUAAGGUAAUCUAACUGUUGUCUUGAACGAAUAAUGGUAGAUGAGGCUUAUGGCGACAUCAUCACGGGCUGGAUGGCGUUCCACAUCCGCGCGCUGUCGUCCCCAAACCGGGUGAAGUGAACGGCACACCGGGAAGCAAGGCUUCAAAACCUGCUCACGUCAAACUGCACUGAAACUUAAAAGCUAAACGAUGUCUAAAACGCUGAAGAGGAAGAAACACUGGUCCACUAAAGUGCAGGAGUGCGCCGUGUCGUGGGGAAGCGUUGGGGAGUUCGGUGAUGUUGUGGAGAUCCUCGGAGGCGCCGAGCACGGGGAGUUCCCGUUCCUAGGUCAGAUGAACUUAGACGUGCUGGUGUGUCACGUCGGGAGGCUACCGUACUACGGGGAUGUGUUAUUGGAAGUGAACGGGACACCUGUCAGCGGGCUGACGAACCGAGACACACACGCGGUGAUCCGCCACUUUCGGGAGCCGAUUCGAAUUAAGACCGUCAAACCAGGCACCUGUCACUGUGGAUCUGAGCACGGCUGAACGCAUGUAAUCAUAUACCAAUUACGGCACUGGAAAGCGUUUACGGUCAACCAGUGCUAUUGAUCUAACAUGCAUAGCACUUCGUCAUUGCUUUGUUUUUCCAAUCUGAAGGCCAUCUCCACCUGCAUGAGCAAAUUAGCUUGUUUUUGUGUGGCCUGCAUUCAUCCGGAUGAGAGUGAAGAAGCGUGUUGAAGACGUUACCUUGGAAAAGGUUUAAAUGAUUAGCCCAAAUUAAA